UUUGGUGGUCUUUGCCCCUUGAUGUCUGUGAAUACAUGUAGACUGAGAAGUCUCUUGAUUUUCCUUUUCAGUUCAGCAAACAAGUGCCUUCUGAAAGUAGCAACUUACGCAGCUCAGCUGGAGCAGUACCCAAAAGCGAUUGAAAUCUAUGAACAGGUCGGAACCCACGCAAUGGACAGUACGCUCCUGAAAUACAGUGCCAAGGAUCACUUCUUCAAGGCGGCGCUCUGCCACUUCUGUGUAGACACGCUGAAUGCAAAUCUUGCUGUGAGGAAGUAUGAGGAAAUGUUUCCAGCCUUUUCAGACUCCCGAGAAUGCAAGCUGUUGAAGGUAGGCUGUGGUGUUAUUUUGGAUCUAAAAUCAACAAAUGAACAAAAACAUAGAAUAAUCCACUAA